GACGCUUAUACGUUAUUUUCCGUUAUAGCGACUUUCGAUGUUUCUCGCAGAUGACAUUUUUGCGGCUUUUCUUCGUGGGGGAUCCACAUGGGUUUAAACUUGUCAGUUGUAAGUAAUGGCAUUGUAAGAUGCGGUACCGUACCUCAACCUUCAAACUCACGAUGGCAGAUGAAGAAUUAGUGUAAACGGUACGGUAGCAGACUAAACAUUCAACGGUACCGGUACCGUAUCUCUCGAUAACUUUUUAUGUAGACUAAUGCUUACUUCUCAAGCCUGUAUUCUUUUUAUUUUGUAUCACAUAUGCCGUAUGGACAACCUAUUGGACCAUUAACUUAUUUAAUUUUCGUGAAUGCUGUGAUUGCUUCAACAACUGUUGGGUUAGUAGGAUAUCUUGAUAUACGGACACCAACAGUAUCUACAAUUUUUCGUCCAAAACAUUGGCAGAUUUAAUACUAGACAAAUACAAGUGAGUGAAAAAAUUUAUACAUACUGACAUACCGGUAGCUUACUAGGCUAUAACCAUUAUUCAUUUUUUUUAUUUGUUUGUAUAUUUUUCUUUUUACUGAGUAAUUUAUUUGAUUUCAAGUCUGGCUUUUUCAACUUCCAACCUUACCAUGUCUUGAUUAUUGUAUGAGUGUGUGUGCUUUAUUUAUUUUUUAUAUACUUUUGGGUGAGCGAACACGUACUACUUAUUUUUAUCGAUACCUUUCCAUCUAAAAUUUGUACGCUUCAAAACUUACCUAGGUUUUGUUUGCUCUCCCGAUUUUUUUUUUUUUUUUUUUAUGUAUUAUUUUAUCGUCUACUGCUGAUUAUGGAGUCGAAAUAAAGUUAUACUUAUACCGUAGCUGGUAUAGCCUAUCAAAUGAAAAUUUUUGCCACAGCUAUCUUGUUUUGAUUUGAGUUUUGCUUUCUAAAUGGAUUUUGUUUUUAUAUUUGACUGUGCAUAUUUUAUAUAGAUUUUGUCAACUAUUUUGUGUGUCUUUGUUUGUAAAAAGCCACUGUUAAUAUGUUAUUAUUUUGUUUUGCAUAUUUCUGUUUUAUUGUUCUCAAGUCAAACUUGUAAAUGUGUUUGUUCACUGACUGUUGUAUGUGUUCAGUUUAUCCCUAUGUCAGUUUUGCUUUCUGAUUGGAUUUUGUUUUGAUAUUUGUCUGUGCAUAGUUUAUAUAGAUUUUGUCAACUAUUUUGUGUAUCUUUAUUUGUAAAAAGCCACUGUUAAUAUGUUAUUAUUUUGUUUUGCAUAUUUCUGUUUUAUUGUCCUCCCCGUCGAACUUUCAAAUGUUUUUGUUAACUGACUGUUGUAUGUGUUCAGUUUAUCCCUAUGUCUGUCUAAUUUAUUUUUCCCAUCUAUAUAUGUAUUUUGUUGUUGCGCAUCCAAUCAUGUUUCUGUGUUAUUGUGCUUCUAUGUCUAGUUUAUUUUUUCAUGUUUUGUGUGUCAAAUAUAUACAUUUUGCAAUAAGAAAAAAUUGCUUCCUCAUUAAACCAGUUGUGUACAGAUUGGCAGGGCAAAGUUAGAUGGUAUGAUAGUUGUCAUAUUGAGGAAAGGGAAUUGAUUUUUAUUUAGAAUGUUCAGUUGGUCACCAGAAGCGACAUUCGACUUGAUCGAUGCUGCUAAGCAGGUUAAGCUGGUUGAGAAAAGCGACAGCACUGCGGUUAGAAAUGUUGUUGUGAUGAAGGAGGUGGCGAGAAUGCUAGUGGAGAAGGGAUAUCGCGAUAUGGACGUUGUUACUGUGAAGAACAAGUGGAAGCGAUUAAAGGCAAAAUAUAAUCAUAUUAGAACAAAAACGUCACAAUCUGGAGAAAGUUCUAGGUCUGCGUUGAAUUGGCCAUAUUUUAGGGCCAUGCAUGAGCUUCUUGGCUCCAGACCAAGAGUGCAGGCCUUGGCCUCCAUGCAUUGGUGUUGA